AUGGUGUUAACCAUAACACCGGAGGAUUGGAGGCACGACACUGUGCAGUAUUUGAAAAAUCCAAAUGGGUCAUAUAGCCAACAAAUUCGGCGGAGAUAUUAUGUGAUAAGGGAUGAAGUAUUGUUCCGCAUAAGUUCCGAUGACUUGCUCAUGAAAUGUUUGGGCAAAAAGGAACAACUCGUAGCAAUGACCGAGGUCCACGAGGGGAUAUGCGGUGCUCAUCAAGCUGGCAUCAAGAUGAGGUGGCUUUUAAGAAGGCACGGUUAUUAUUGGCCGACUAUCCUCAAAGAUUGCAUUGAAUAUGCCAAGGGUUGCAAAGACUGUCAAAGGCAUGGGCCGAUCCAACAUGUCCCGGCCGGACCAAUGAAUCCCAUUGUCAAGGCUUGGCCUUUCAAAGGUUGGGCAAUGGAUGUGAUUGGCCAAAUAUACCCAAAGUCAUCUAAGGGCCAUAAGUAUAUAUUAGUGGCCACCGAUUUUUUCACAAAGUGGGUGGAGGCCGUCCCACUCAAGCAAGUUACUCAAGUCGAGGUGAUAGAAUUCAUUGAGAAGAAUAUCAUCCAUCGAUUUGGCUUGCCCGAGUCCAUCAUGACUGACCGAGGAACGGCGUUCAUGGGCGAGGCUGUUCAAGCCGCCGCAAGAAAUUGGGGAAUUAGGAUGGUUCAAUCCACCCCAUACAAUCCCCAAUCAAAUGGCCAAGCGGAGGCUAGUAAUAAAUUGAUAAAAGGGAUUUUGGAAAAAAUGAUUGAUAAAAAUCCCAAGGAAUGGCACUCUUUUCUUUCCAACUCUCUAUGGGCGUAUAGAACCUCGAAAAGGUCUGCCACGCAAACAACGCCAUUCGCCCUCACCUAUGGCCAUGACGCCGUCUUGCCACUUGAGAUUUCGGUUAAGUCCUUAAGGGUGGUUCGCCAUGCCGAAUGGAGUGAGGACGAAUACGGGCAAGCCAUGGCACAAGAGUUAGAUGACCUUGACGAGGUCAGAUUGGGCGCUUUAGAUAGAUUGAAGGCCCAAAAAGAGGCCGUGGCUCGAGCAUACGAUAAGAAGACUAAGGCCAAGAGUUUUGGGGUCGGAGAUUUAGUAUGGAAGACCAUUCUUCCGGUGGGAUCAAAGGAUCCAAAAUUUGGCAAGUGGUCUCCAACUUGGGAAGGCCCAUUUCUCGUCCACCAAGUGUUAGGAAAGGGGGCGUACAAGUUAAGUGACCAAAAUGGUCGGGUCCAUGAUGCGCCGAUCAAUGGUCAAUUUUUGAAAAAAUAUUACCCAACGGUUUGGGAAAUGGCGGAGAGAUAA